GGUGAUGAUGGGCGGGCGGCGGGACCCGGUCCGCUGGCUGCCACUUUGGGCUGUGGGCCAUGGGGGAUCAGCCUGAGAUUGGCCCGGCUCGGAUCCCGAGCUGGAGCCGAAGGCACUGAGCGGCAGGCAGGGCUACUGGACUGAAUUUGGCUGAUUGAGAAGCUGGCAGGGGCAGAAAGAAUGAGAGCAACAAAUACUUUGAUGUUAUCGCCUUGGCAAGAGUGUCCUUGCUGGCUUCCGUAGAGCUGACCAGCUUUGCGCCUCUCCAGGCCAUUCAUUCAACCACAGUAUUUUCUCCUAGGAGCCAUGCGGGGCCAGCGGAGUCUGCUGUUGGGCCCAGCCCGCCUCUGCCUGCGUCUCCUUCUGCUCCUGGGUUAUAGGCGUCGCUGUCCACCUCUGCUCCGGGGCCUGGUACAGCGCUGGCGUUAUGGAAAGGUUUGCCUGCGCUCCCUGGUCUACAACUCCUUUGGAGGCAGUGACACUGCUAUUGAUGCUGCCUUUGAGCCUAUCUACUGGCUGGUGGACAAUGUAAUCCGCUGGUUUGGAGUGGUGUUUGUGGUGCUGGUGAUCGUGCUGACUGGAUCUAUUGUGGCCAUUGCUUAUCUGUGUGUCCUGCCCCUCAUCCUUCGGACCUACUCAGUACCACGACUCUGCUGGCAUUUCUUCUAUAGCCACUGGAAUCUGAUCCUCAUUGUCUUCCAUUACUACCAGGCCAUCACCACUCCUCCUGGAUACCCACCCCAGGGCAGGAACGACAUUGCUACCGUCUCCAUCUGUAAGAAGUGCAUUUACCCCAAACCAGCCCGAACACACCACUGCAGCAUCUGUAAUAGCAGGAUGCUGGUCCUAGUAGAAAGCCUUGUCACUGACAUCUCAAGAUCCUUGGCCACCGUAACACAGCCUGUGUCCCUCCCUCACAGGUGUGUGCUGAAGAUGGAUCAUCACUGCCCCUGGCUAAACAACUGUGUGGGCCACUAUAACCAUCGCUACUUCUUCUCUUUCUGCUUUUUCAUGACUCUGGGUUGUGUCUACUGUAGCUAUGGAAGUUGGGACCUUUUCCGAGAGGCUUAUGCUGCCAUUGAGAAAAUGAAACAGCUUGACAAGAACAAACUACAGGCAAUUGCCAACCAGACUUACCACCAGACUCCACCACCUACCUUCUCCUUUCGAGAAAGAAUAACUCACAAGAGUCUUGUCUACCUCUGGUUCCUGUGCAGUUCUGUGGCACUGGCUCUGGGUGCCCUAACCAUAUGGCAUGCUGUUCUCAUCAGUCGGGGUGAGACUAGCAUUGAAAGGCAUAUCAACAAGAAGGAGAGACGUCGGUUACAGGCCAAGGGCAGAGUAUUUAGGAAUCCUUACAACUAUGGCUGCUUGGACAACUGGAAGGUGUUCCUAGGUGUGGACACAGGAAGGCACUGGCUGACCCGGGUGCUGUUACCUUCUAGUCACCUACCCCAUGGGAAUGGAAUGACCUGGGACCCUCCUCCCUGGGUGACUGCUCACUCAGCCUCUGUGAUGGCUGUGUGAGCCACAACUUGAACAUUGUUCGAUGCUUGUUAUGUCUCUUUCAAGAACUUCCAAGGGCAGCUUUUCUUGGAAUCCAUGACCAUAGAGAGCCACUAGGCCUGCCUUAGAGUACUACUUAGGGACAACUCAAGAGCAAUCUUCUGGCCAUCUCAAAACAAGAUACAGUUGGGUGGCGGCAGCGUAUGACUUUAAUCCCAGCACCCGGGAGGCAGAGGCAGGCGGAUUUCUGAGUUCCAGGCCAGCCUGGUCUACAGAGCAAGUUCCAGGACAGCCAACGCUACACAGAAAAACCCUGUCUUGAUAAACCAAAAAAAAAAAAAAAAAAAAAGAGUGAAGAAAUCCUACGACUGAUGUUCCUUACUCAGGCAAACAAGUUUUAGCCCCAGACCAGGGGUCAGGCAACUAGCUACCUUAUCCGAUGCUGACUUUGAUGUCCUCUAGGUCACAGCAGUGGGGCUAGCCACCAUCUCUCACUUUGGGAAAAGAUUUUGUCAAGUAUGUUGAAAUUCUGGCUUCUGAAUGGGACAAAAACAGUAAGUCUAUUGCCAAGGCCACUGCCAUUUCUCACGUGCUGCAGAAGGAGCAAAAAUAAAGGCAUUUGAUUUGUAAAGAUGAAUAGCUUCUGUGUUUGCCUUGGUGUCGGGGAGGUCUAGAUAAAGA